CCAUAAGCUCUCAUUGAGCAUCGACGAUGUCCCAAAUCUCCAGUCUUCGUUUCCUCUCUUCCAACCCUCUCUUCAAAUCCUCCUUCACUUCCACCAUCUUCCUUGAUAAACCUAGAUCUUUGUUGAAACCCUACUCCCCUUUCACUGUUCUCGCCUGCAGAAAGCCUCAUCGAAGCAGAAGCGGCGGGGGUGGUGGCCGUGGAGGCUGGAUUUUCCCGCAGAGGAGGAGUAGCGGCGGGAGUGGUACUCUGAGGGAGAAGAAGGUUGAGAUGGAGAAGGAGUUUGGGUUUAAUAAGAGACGGGCUGAAGGGAGGGACAAGAGCGGCAAGCCUAAGACCCUUCAGCUUAAGAUGAGGAAGCUCAACCCCGUCAGCACCAUUUGUUAUGUCCAGAUUUUGGGGACCGGAAUGGACACGCAAGAUACUUCACCAUCAGUUUUGCUCUUCUUUGACAAGCAAAGAUUUAUAUUUAAUACAGGAGAGGGAUUGCAGCGCUUCUGUACUGAACACAAAAUUAAGUUAUCUAAGAUUGAUCACAUGUUUCUUACUCGUGUUUGUUCCGAAACAGCUGGUGGACUUCCAGGUCUUCUACUGAGCUUAGCGGGCAUGGGGGAGGAGGGAAUGUCAGUUAACAUAUGGGGUCCAUCUGAUCUUAAUUAUUUGGUUGACGCAAUGAAAUCAUUCAUUCCCAAUGCUGCUAUGGUUCACACACAUAGCUUUGGAGCAAUGGAAAAUAGUGAUCAUACGACAUUUUCAAAUUCUGAAGCUGGAAAGCAUACAGAUCCUAUUGUUCUUAUUGAUGAUGAGGUGGUUCGGAUAUCAGCUAUUUUGUUAAGGCCACGUAAUAGUGGAAAAUUGACAGAUGUCAUGAAUGAGUCCAAUGUAUCACUUUUGACUUCUUUGGCUAGAGAACAUAACACAGAUCAAAUACAUGAUCCUCUUGUCCAAUGUUCAGACAACAUCCUUAUUAAAAAGGAAUCACCCUUAAAGCCUGGUGAUAUUGCUGUACUAUAUGCCUGUGAAUUACCUGAAAUCAAGGGAAAGUUUGAUCCUGAUAAAGCUGCAUCCCUUGGGUUGAAACCUGGACCAAAGUACCGAGAAUUGCAAUUGGGGAAUUCAGUUAUGUCUGACCGUCUUAACAUUAUGGUUCAUCCAAGUGAUGUUCUUGGUCCUUCAUCACCUGGCCCUAUUAUACUCCUUGUGGACUGCCCUAGUGGGGUUCAUAUUCCAGAUCUUUUGUCUGCAGAAUCUCUUAAAUGCUAUUACGUGGAUUCUGUUGACCAGCAAAGAGAGUGUACAAAAACUGUUAAUUGUAUAAUUCACUUGGGUCCAGCUUCUGUAACAAAGAGGUUAGAGUACCAGAAAUGGAUGGAAAGGUUUGCCCAUGCGCAACACAUCAUGGCAGGACAUGAAAUGAAAAAUGUGGAAAUCCCUAUUCUGAGGUCAAGCGCCAGGAUUUCAUCACGGCUUAACUAUUUGUGCCCUCAGCUCUUCCCUGCACCAAGUCUUCAGUCUCUGCAUAUUAAUGGCCAAUCUUUGAAACUGGAUGGUUCGUGUGAGGCCUCUUCAUCAAGUAUCUGUGAAAACAUUUCUGCUGAAAAUCUUUUGAAGUUCCAUUUACGUCCUUAUGCUCAGCUGGGGUUGGACAGAUCUGCUAUCCCAAGCUCGCUUAAAACUACAGAGGUUGUCAAUGAGCUUCUUUCAGAAAUUCCUGAAAUUGUUGAUAUUUCUACUCAUGUUAGUCAGCUUUGGCAUGGUAAUUUAGAAGAAAAUCAUGAUGCGCUGCCAAAAGAUCAUAUAGAUAUGGUGGAAGAACCAUGGAUAAGGGAAAGUGCAUGUGUUCCCAGCGAAAAUAUGGGAGAACAAAUGGCAGCAGCAUCUAGAAAUGAUUUUAGCUGUCCUAAGGGGAGUUGGGAAAACAAAGUUGAACAUAGUUCUGAGGUUCCUGCUUGUUUGAAUAAUAUAUCAAGGGAAGACAUGGAAAUCAUCCUUCUGGGGACAGGUUCUUCCCAACCAUCCAAAUAUCGCAAUGUCAGUUCUAUUUUUAUCAAUCUUUUCUCAAGAGGAAGUUUACUUCUGGAUUGUGGUGAAGGAACUUUGGCACAGCUGAAGAGAAGGUUUGGUGUUAAGGGUGCUGAUGAUGCUGUGAAGAGCUUAAAAUUCAUAUGGAUUUCCCACAUUCAUGCAGAUCAUCAUGCUGGUAUUGCUAGGGUACUUUCCCUGCGAUGUCAGUUAUUAAAGGAUGUACCUCAUGAACCCCUGCUUGUGAUUGGACCAAGGCCACUAAAACAAUUUCUGAAUGCUUAUUCCAGACUUGAAGAUCUUGAUGUGCAGUUUUUAGAUUGCAGGCACACGACAGAGGAAUCGCUGGAGUCUCUUAAUUUGGUUCGUAAUUCAGGUAAAGACUGUUCACCUGAAUAUGCAGACAAAGAUUAUGUAGGUGAGAAAAAUGAGUUUCCUAGAUCCCAAAAAUUAAAGUCAACUUUGUUUAGUCAAAGUGGAAAAAUGCAAAGCUUUUGGAAGAGACAUGGAAGCCCAGUUGAUACCACCACAGUUCUGCCACAACUAAUGAACCUGAAGCAUGUUCUCAAGGAAGCUGGUCUGGAAACAUCAUACAGUGUACCUGUUGUGCACUGCCCACAUGCAUUUGGUAUUGUUCUUAAAGCUGCUGUGAGAAUAAAUAACAUGGGAAAAAGUAUACCUGGCUGGAAGUUUGUCUAUUCAGGUGAUACCAGGCCUUGCCAAGCGUUGAUAGAUGCAUCCCAUGAUGCAACAGUUCUCAUACACGAGGCAACAUUUGAGGACAACUUGGAGGAUGAAGCAAUUGCAAAGAACCAUAGUACAACAAAAGAAGCUAUCAAGGUCGGCACGUCUGCUGGUGCGUACAGAGUGAUCCUCACACAUUUUAGCCAAAGGUACCCCAAAUUUCCUGUCUUUGAUGAGAGACACAUGCGCAACACAUGCAUCGCUUUCGACUUGAUGAGUGUUAAUGUGGCCGACUUGCCUGUUCUACCAAAGGUCCUUCCUUACCUCAAAGUUUUAUUCAGAAAUGAAAUGAUACUUGAUGAGCAGGAUGAUGCUGUCGAGUUGGCAUCGCAGCAAUAGUUUAAGACAUUCUACCUUGAUAAUUCUUCUUGAGUCAAAAACUUCAUGAUUAAUUAAUCAUCUCAAUAAAUUACAAUUGUUAGAUAGCCUAGAUUUGAGCUUCCUAGUGUUUUUUUUUUUUCAAUCUAAUGCCAAUGGAGGCUUAUUAUCCAAUUGUUCUUCAAGAGUUAAAGACUGUUUUCAAAGUUCAAUUCAUAGUGAUUGUGACACAGGAGACUUAAUUCACUUUGUGAGUUGCAAUCAAUCUUUUUUUUGUUUUUGUUUUCA